AUGUCGACUACUGUAACUACAACCGAAACUGUCCCGCUGUCGCUGUUCCCCGAUGGUCUCAAAACCUCUGGGAUGCACGAGGCAAACUGGUCGCUUGUCCGGCCCUAUGAGGAAUUCCCCAAGCAAAUGACUGGCCCAACAGUCUGGGAUGCUGCUGAGUAUCGGGACAGCCCCGAGCGCUGGACGCACUCCUUCACCGUGGACGAGGUCGCCGAGAUCAGUGCUGCGGCGGACGCGUUCAUCGAGUCUGGCACGCCGUUAACGGGCAUCACUAGGGCCUUGUUUCCUCUUCCUACUCUGACGGGCAGAAUGGAUGCUUUGCGCGAGGACUUGCUCCAUGGCAAAGGCUUCUACCGCUUCAGAAACCUGCCUGUCAGACAAUGGGGCCUCCACAAGUCCGCGGCCGCCUAUAUGGGCCUGGGAACGUACUUGGGGUACUUCGUCAGCCAGAACGGGCGUGGCCAUGUCCUCGGUCACGUCAAAGAUCUCGGAGAAGACCCCACACAGACUUUCAAAGUCCGCAUCUACCGAACAAACGCCAGACAAUACUUCCACACGGACGCCGGCGACAUGGUCGGUCUUUUGUGUAUCGCCAAGUCGCUUUCCGGGGGAGAGUCAGACAUUGCUUCAACUCACCAUGUAUACAAUGUCUUACAGCGUGACCACCCGGAUGUUGUCAGGACAUUGGCCGAACCAAACUGGUACUUUGACCGAAAGGGCGAGGUAUCUAGUGGACAGAAACCCUGGUAUCGGGGCGCUGUUUUGUGGCUCGAAACUGGCGAGAACCCAAAAGUCUACUGCAAGUUUGAUCCCAACAAUGCCACCUCGCUGGCACGAUUCAACUCCGGUCCUGAUGCGCAGAUUCCACCCCUCUCUGAUAAGCAGAAGUAUGCCAUGGAGGUGCUGGAGCGCACGUGCAAAGAGCUGGCGCUGCAUAUGAUCCUUGAACCAGGUGAUAUUCAAUUCUUGCAUAACCCCCACAUUUUCCACGCGCGCACUGCUUACACCGAUUACCCCCCUGGAUCGGUUGACGAGGAUGGGAAUCCUCGACCACAGAGACACCUAAUGAGGUUGUGGCUGGCAGUGCCGCAGAGUGAGGGCGGGUGGAGGACCCCUUUGCCCGACACCGACAACAAGAAGAGAGGUGGUAUCCAAGUGGACAACCAGCCACCAAAAUGUCCUAUUGAUGCAGAAUAG